CUCUAGGAUUUGGCAUUUCUUCCACAAGGGAGCAUAAAAUCUUGACCAAAGCCUUCCCUGAACACAAAUUUCCCACCUUUCCCAAAUCCUCCCUUUUUUUUCUUUCCCUUCCUCUAAACUCAUCCUUUCUUUCCAUUUCUUCCCUCUUUUUUUGCGAAAGAGCGAAUAUCUGAGACACUCCAACUCAGAUUCCUCUUGCGAUUAAAAAAAGAGUUUCUAGUUCUUCGCCACGGUACGGCUUAGACUAAGAAUAGACAGGCGAGCCAGUAUAGAGUAGACUUCUGAACUCUUUCGUCAGCAAGUCUACGGGCUCAAGACGCAAAAGGCAAAAGGCAAAUCAUCUAGAUUUCUUUUUCAGCAUCAUUCUAGACUAAUCGUACUCUCAUCCUCCCACCUUCCGGCUUGCACUCGACCGAGUCCAAUACCAAAGCAAGAGAGGCCUUCGAUUCACCUCCGUCGAGUCGCCCUAAUCGUUACCAAACAAGAAAACUAAAAUAACGGAAAAAUCAUCACAAAAUCCUUCAUCAUGUCUCAGGCUCAAGAGAAUGCCCAGUCCGUCAAGGUACUGGAGGAUUUGAUGCAGAAACUUACCGUUUCUAAGGACGCUGCUGCUAUUAAGGAUGCUUCGCAUUCUUUGGCCUCCUUCAUCAACGGCCGCAUCGAGGACCAAGAAGCACCAACCAAGACUGUCGAGGCCUUGAAGAAGCAAAUUUCCAACAAGAAAGAUGCUGCAGCCCGUGAAAAGGCAGCCAAUGCUAUCCAGGCAAUUGCUCAGCAUUCCGAGAUCGCCCCUAACGUCGAGCCCUACCUAGUGGUUCUAUUACCUCUUACUCUAGCUGCAAUUGGCGACAAGAUUACUUCUGUAAAGAAUGCCGCCAUUGCCGCGACCACUGCCAUCGUCGAGGCUGUCAACCCCAAUGCUGUCAAGGCCGUCCUACCUGCUCUUGUCAAGUCCAUAUUGGAAGCUCAGAAAUGGCCCGAGAAGAUUACUGCUCUCGAGUGCAUCGAUAUCCUUGUCAGAACCGCCCCCGCCCAACUAGCCUUCCGCGUCCCCGAACUCAUUCCUGUUGUCUCCGAGUCCAUGUGGGACACCAAGAAGGAAGUCAAGGACCGUGCCUACAAGACGAUGGAGAAGCUUUGCGAGUUGAUCGUCAACAAGGAUAUUGAGCGAUUCAUUCCCGAGCUCAUCAAGUGUAUCGCCAAGCCUGAGAACGUCCCCGAGACCGUCCAUCUAUUGGGUGCCACGACUUUCGUUACUGAGGUACAGGAGCCUACACUUGCCCUCAUGGUUCCUCUACUUGAUCGUGGUCUUGCUGAGCGAGAUACUGCCAUCAAGCGAAAGGCUGCUGUCAUUGUCGACAACAUGUGUAAACUUGUCGACGACCCCAACAUCGUCGCUCCUUUCUUACCUAAGAUGAUGCCGGGUCUUCAGAAGAACUACGACAACUUGGCUGAUCCCGAAGCUCGAGAGAAGACCAAGCAGGCACUUGACACUCUUAUCCGCGUCGGUGACGUCAAGGAUGGCAAGAUUCCUGAGGUUCGCCACGACGGUGACAUUUCUACCGUCCUUGGCCACUUGAAGGCUACUAUCCCUAGCAAGCACGCCAAGACCGCCGAGAAGCUUGAACCCGUCUUGGAAUACAUCUCUGCGAUCGGUGGACAGCUUAUUGACGAGAAGGAGUCUGAGCCUUCUACAUGGGCUACCGCGGUGAAGCCUUUUGUCACUGUCGUCGUUGGUGACGUCGAUGCUGAGAAGGUUGUUGAAGGUCUCCGAAAGCGUGCCUCUCCUGGCGCCGAGGAUGAGGCUCAGGAAGAGGAGGAAGAUGACGAGGGUGAAGAUCUAUGCAACUGUACUUUCUCCCUUGCGUACGGUGCCAAGAUUCUUCUUAACCAGACUCACCUUCGUUUGAAGCGUGGUCGCCGCUAUGGUCUCUGUGGUCCCAACGGUUCCGGCAAAUCUACCCUUAUGCGCGCUAUCAACAACGAACAAGUUGAGGGUUUCCCCAAGCAGAGCGAAGUCAAGACUGUUUUCGUCGAGCACGACUUGGACUCUGCUGAUACCGAAAUGACUACCAUUGAUUGGACCAUGAAGAAGCUCAGCGAGGCAGGUGUCACCACCAGCCAAGCGGACGUCGAAAAGGGUCUUGAUGAGUUCGGCUUCACUCCAGCGAUGACUGCGGGCCCCAUUACUUCUCUUUCUGGUGGUUGGAAGAUGAAGCUCGCCUUGUGCCGUGCCGUCUUCGAAGCCCCGGAUAUCUUGCUUCUCGAUGAGCCCACUAACCAUUUGGAUGUGAAGAACGUUAAGUGGCUCGAGGAUUACUUGAUCAACUCUCCUUGCACUUCUAUCAUUGUGUCUCACGAUAGUGGAUUCCUCGACAACGUUACCCAAUACAUCAUCCACUACGAGCGAUUCAAGCUCAAGAAGUACAAGGGUAACCUGAAGGAAUUUGUUCGCAAGAACCCUCAUGCUAAGUCGUACUACGAACUCGGAGAAUCCGAAAUCGAAUUCCAAUUCCCAGAACCUGGUUUCCUUGAGGGUGUUAAGACAAAGGCUAAGGCCAUCCUGCGUGCGAGCAGGAUGAGCUUCCAGUACCCGGGUACCCCCAAGCCCCAACUUACCGAUAUCUCCUUCCAGUGCUCUCUCGGAUCUCGUAUUGCUGUCAUUGGACCCAACGGUGCCGGCAAGUCGACGCUCAUCAACGUCCUCACCGGUGAACUCAUCCCAACCGGUGGUGAGAUUUACCAGCACGAGAACAUCCGUAUCGCCUACAUCAAGCAGCAUGCCUUCGCACACAUCGAUAACCACCUUGACAAGACUCCCUCCGAGUACAUUCAAUGGCGAUUCCAGACCGGUGAGGAUCGUGAGACCAUGGACCGUGCCAACAAGAUCAUCACCGAAGAUGACGAGAAGGCCAUGGACAAGAUCUUCAAAGUUGAAGGCUCUCAGCGACGUAUCAUUGGUAUCCACAGUCGCAGAAAGUUCAAGAACAGUUACGAGUACGAAUGCUCUUUUGCCCUUGGUGAGAACGUUGGCAUGAAGAACGAGCGCUGGGUUCCUAUGAUGACAGCUGACAACGCUUGGCUUCCUCGAACCGAACUCUUGGGUUCUCACCAGAAGAUGGUUGCUGAAGUUGAUAUGAGGGAAGCACUUGCUUCGGGUCAAUUCCGCCCCUUGGUACGAAAAGAGAUUGAGUCCCACUGUGCCAAUUUUGGUCUCGAUGCCGAACUGGUUUCGCACUCGCGUAUGCGUGGUCUCUCCGGUGGCCAGCGUGUCAAGGUUGUCCUCUCUGCUUGCUCAUGGCAACGACCCCAUUUGAUCGUCCUAGAUGAGCCGACCAACUAUCUUGACCGUGAUUCUCUCGGUGCCUUGUCCAAGGCCCUGAAGAAGUUUGAGGGUGGUGUCAUUAUCAUCACUCACAGUGCCGAGUUCACCAAGGACUUGACUGAGGAAGUCUGGGCUGUCAUGGACGGCAAGAUGACACCUUCAGGACACAACUGGGUUCAAGGUCAAGGUUCCGGCCCUAGACUAAAGCAGGGCGACGAUGAUGAGGAGGAUAAGUUCGACGCCAUGGGUAAUAAGAUCGUGACGACGAAGAAGAAGGCUAAGUUGACUAGCUCCGAAGCCAGAAAGAAGAAGAAGGAACGUAUGGCCCGCCGAAAGCGUGGAGAGGAGGUCUUCUCGGACGAGGACGACUAAAUUAUCUCGCCUGUGCUGCCGUGUUACGUAGCCCCACGAAUUAAUACCGAAUUACGAACAUAAUUACAUGAUUUCCUUUGUUUAAUAUGAACAGAAAAGUUCGGGCUUGCAUGGUUAGGCAUUGUUUCUGCGUUUCUGGAGUGCCGAUGGGUUGCCUAACAGUCAUUGCAACUAAGAGCGGUGCUUUAUCGCGUGGUCGAGCAGGAUGAUUUAGGAAAGGCACAAUUCCUCUGGAUUGGAGACCCAGGGGUAUUGGCCUCUCGAGUCCUUAACUGCGAGGAUACCAUAGAUAGACGAGCUAGUCGCUGAAUAGAUUUGAUAUCAUGAAUUUCGAGAUACUCGCUGAGGUUUGACCUAGGCGUGCUUUACAAUCCCUAUAAUGAUUGAUGGAAUAUUUCGUGGGUGCAUUGCUGAUCGGGUAUGACGACAAUCAGAACUACGUAUCUUUUUAUGAC